AUGAUAUCAACAUUACGUGGGAAAAUUUUUAAUAAUGGAACUAAUAAAAACAAGUGUGUUUCAAUUUUAAGUAAUAUUCAGAAGAGAAACAUAUCCAAAGAUAUAAGAUUUGGAAGUGAUGCAAGGACUGCUAUGCUUACAGGUUGUAAUAAGUUGGCCGACGCGGUUAGUGUAACCCUUGGUCCAAAAGGAAGAAAUGUUAUAAUAGAACAAUCAUUUGGUUCACCAAAGAUUACAAAAGAUGGUGUAACAGUUGCUAAAAGCAUUGAGUUUAAUAACAAGCUAGCUAAUCUUGGUGCACAAAUGGUAAAACAAGUUGCUGCAAAUACCAAUGACAAAGCAGGUGAUGGUACAACAACAGCUACAAUUUUAGCUAGAUCUAUAUUUCAACAGGGUUGCAAAGCUGUUGACUCUGGAAUGAACCCAAUGGAUUUAUUAAGAGGUAUAAAUAAAGGUGUAGAAAAGGUUUUGGAGUAUUUAAAUUCAAUAAAGAAAGAUGUUACAACAACAGAAGAAAUUUUCAAUGUCGCUAGUAUAUCAGCAAAUGGUGAUAAAAAUAUAGGUCAACUAAUUGCUGAUACCAUGAAAAAAGUAGGAAAAGAAGGAACCAUAACAGUUACUGAAGGAAAGACGCUACAACAUGAAUUAGAAAUUGUAGAAGGUAUAAAAUUUGAUAGAGGUUAUAUUUCUCCAUACUUUAUUAAUAAUAGCAAAGAUCAGAAAGUAGAACUUGAUAAACCAUAUAUACUUAUACAUGAAAAAAAAAUAUCUACUGUUAAAUCUUUAUUACCAGUUUUGGAACAUGUAUUACAAAAUCAAUCAUCCUUAUUAGUUAUAGCAGAAGAUGUUGAUAGUGAUGCAUUGGCUACAUUAAUUGUAAACAAAUUGAGACUAGGUUUAAAAAUAUGUGCAGUAAAAGCACCAGGAUUUGGAGAACACAGAAAAGCCUUGGUUCAUGAUAUAGCAGUAAUGACAGGAGCAAAAGUUAUUACAGAAGAAACUGGAUUAAAAUUAGAUGAUCCACAAGUUGUUUCUUAUUUAGGUAAAGCAAAAUCCAUAAAUGUUACCAAAGAUAGUACAUUAAUUAUGGAAGGAGAAGGAAAAAAAGAAGAAAUAAAUGAAAGAUGUGAAAGUAUAAGAAAUGCUAUAAAAAUGAAUACAUCAGAUUAUGAAAAAGAAAAAUUACAAGAACGUCUAGCUAAAAUUACAGGUGGAGUUGCUUUAAUUAAAGUAGGAGGAAUAAGUGAAGUAGAAGUUAAUGAAAUUAAAGAUAGAAUUCAAGACGCUCUUUGUGCUACCAAAGCUGCUGUUGAAGAAGGUAUUGUCCCAGGUGGUGGUAGUGCACUCUUAUUUGCAUCGAAGGAAUUAGAUUCAGUUCAAACUGAUAAUUAUGAUCAAAGAGUUGGUGUUAAUAUUAUUAAAGAUGCCUGUAAAGCACCAAUUAAACAAAUUGCUGAAAAUGCUGGACAUGAAGGUUCAGUUGUAGCAGGAAAUAUUUUAAAAGAAAAAAAUUCUAAUAUAGGUUUUAACGCUCAAGAAGGAAAAUAUGUAGAUAUGAUCGAAUCAGGUAUUAUUGAUCCAACUAAAGUUGUUAAAACAGCUAUAUCAGAUGCUGCUUCUAUAGCAUCAUUAAUGACAACAACAGAAGUUGCCAUUGUUGAUUUUAAAGAUUCCAAAAACGAAGAAUCAUCACAACAUAUGAAUUCAGUUAAUUCUAUGGGUGAUAUGGGGGGCAUGUAUUAA